AUGGAAUCUAGAUUCUUAAAAUUAGAUGUUUUGGGAAGUGGAGCUUUCGGGACUGUUUACAAAGUCCAAAGAAACUCUGAUAAGCUAUAUUUUGCAAUGAAACAAUUUAAUGACCCUGAUAUUGAGCAAAUUAUUCAAGAAAUUAAAGCCCUUUAGGAGAUGGAUUUCAAGAACAUCAUAAGAUAUUAUGACUCUAGCUUGGAUCCUCCUUGCAUUGUAAUGGAGUACUGCUAAAAAGGAAGCUUAGACAAGAUGAUUAAGGAUGCUAAAUAAAUGAAUAAGCAAAUACCUGAGGAGGAAGUUUUAAGAAUUGUAAAAUAAAUCCUUAAAGGACUUAAAAACUGCCAUAAAAACAAAUUGGUACACAGGGAUCUAAAGCCAGCAAAUAUUUUAAUCAAUCAGAAUGAUGUUGUUAAGAUUGGUGACUUUGGUCUUGCUAAAUUUAUGUAGUAGACUCAUCUUAGUAGCCAAGUAGGGACUAUUCUUUAUAUGAGUCCAGAGAUUAUAGAGGGAAAGCAGUAUGAUGGUUGA